ACCACAGUCACGUGAUCGUCAGUCCUUCAGCGCUGGAGUGAAGCUUGUAGAAGUUGGUGAAAUCUUCUCCAGCUUCUUACUUGCAUUAAAACUACUGUAUUAUAGCUGUGUUUUAAAAGGAGACGUCGCUGGAAAUGAGUUUCGUAAUCUCAAUCAGCGUAAUGACGGUGUUUUGGGGAAUUAUUGGAGGAGUUCUGCCGUUUUUUAUUCCUAAAGGACCGAAUCGGGGGGUUAUUGUGGUCAUGCUGGUGCUAACUGCAGUGUGCUGCUACCUCUUCUGGCUGAUUGCUAUUCUGGCCCAGCUGAACCCGCUGCUUGGGCCGAUGCUCAAGAAUGACACCAUAUGGUACCUCUAUAAUCACUGGGGAUAAUUUUUCAUUCCAGUGCCCAUCAGAUGUGUGUGUGGCCAAAGGCUGACUUCACUUUCUCAUGAAGGGAAGAGGGAGACCAUAUGGUACCUGUGUAUGAACAUGAUGUAUAGAUUUGCUUGGUCGUCUUUUGAAAAAGAUAACGAACUAACUGAGCAUUAUGUGUAUUUUUUGUAUUUCUGUCUAUAUGCUUGUAUUUGGUGUAUUUUUACGCUGACUCUGUUAAUCAAUUCUCUUGUCCUUUUGUAUUAAUGUCAUUAACAACAUGCAAUAAAGAUGUCUGGAUGA